AUGGGGAACAGAGAGUGCUGGCUGCGCCUGUGCCUGUGGGGGCAGAGAGGGGAUGAGAUUCUGAGAAAAGAAGAGGGGUUGCGUGUGGGGCAGGAUAUGGCUGCCACUUGCAAAGCUGUGCUGUGCGUUCGGUUGCAUGCUCGGGGUCCGGUGGUUGCUCGUUCUGUGCUGGCUGCCCUUGACCCAACUGUGUGCUUCCCGGCAGUUCCAGCUGUGUGUCCCUCUGUUGCUCUGUCCCUUCCCUGCGUCCCCCCUGUUGCGCUCGUGUCGGUGCACCCCGUGCUGUGUUCAUAUCUGCGCGUGCUGCUGGCCGUCCGUAUUGUGAUGGGAGCUGUGGUGCAAUGCGGAGUGCGUACUCUUGUUGCCACUGUGUUGGUUGUGUGGUGUGGGCUGUUCCCCAGUGGAGCCGCCUAG